UGGUUGCUUACUUCGAAAAGAUUCAAAGCUUCAAGGGUGGACUAGGUCAUUCUCUUCAGAUAAUGGCGAGAUGUUCACAUACUCCUCUUGGUGACCUUGUUGAUGCUGUUCUUCCUUUCAUGGGAGAAUCUAUAACAGAUGGUACUCUAGCAGCUUUCUUGAAAAAACCUGGUGAUAGUGUUCAAAUCGAUGAGCCAAUUGCUCAAGUUGAAACCGACAAGGUAACCAUAGACGUCGCUAGUCCUGAAGCUGGAGUUAUCCAGAAGUUUGUAGCCAGAGAAGGUGAUACCGUAGAACCAGGGACCAAAAUUGCAGUCAUUUCAAAAUCUGGUGAGGGUGCGAAUGUGACACAUGUUGCUCCAUCUGAGGAGAAGAAUACUGUAAAAGAGACGCCAAAGCCAUCAGCUCCUGCAGAAAAGGAGAUAAAGCCUUCAGUAGAAACUGUUGUUGCCAAGGACAAACCUAAAACACCCUCCCCAGCACCGUCUACAACUUCAGCUACAGUGCCUAUUCUUCCUCCCAAGGAAAGGGAAAUAAAAGUACCAAUGACAAGGCUUAGAAAGAGAGUUGCUAAACGCCUGAAAGAAUCACAGAACACGUUUGUUCAGCUGACCACGACUAAUGAAGUUGAUAUGACUAACCUGAUGAACCUUCGUUCUGAAUAUAAAGAUGCCUUUGUAGAAAAACACGGAGUCAAGUUGGGAUUUAUGUCAGGGUUUGUUAAGGCUGCUGUCAGUGGUCUCCAGAAUCAGCCAAUUUUCAACGCAGUCAUUGACGGCGAUGAUAUCAUCUAUAGAGACUAUUUUGACAUUAGUAUUGCUGUUGGUACUCCAAAGGGUCUGGUUGUUCCAGUUAUCCGGGAUGCUGAAAAAAUGAAUUUCGCUGACAUUGAGAAGGAGAUUAACAGGCUGGCAAAGAAGGCCAAUGAUGGUUGUCUAUCUAUCGAUGAUAUGACAGGAGGCUCCUUUACCAUAUCCAAUGGUGGUGUAUAUGGAAGCCUUUUAAGCACUCCCAUAAUCAACCCUCCACAGUCGGCAAUCUUGGGUAUGCAUUCAAUCAAGAGCCGUCCGAUGGUAGUUGGCGGCAAUGUUGUUCCAAGGCCAGUGAUGUACAUUGCACUGACAUAUGAUCACCGACUGAUUGACGAGAGAGAGGCAGCUUUGUUCUUAUGCCGUAUCAAAGAUGUCGUUGAGGACCCUCGCAGACUUCUUCUCGACAUAUAGCACACACCAGAUGUUUGUUGGUAUAAAGAUAAACACAGAAAUAAGCCUGUCAUAUGAAAACCAAAAUUUGAAAUCCUGUUUAUUUAGAUCCUUGGACCAUACAUGGUCAUAUUUGCAGCAAGAGAUUACAAAUUCAUGGUAUACACU